AUGUCUUGCUGCGGCAGCGCCGAGGAGGACACCUACGGCCCGCCGGCCAACCAAGCCGCUCCGCCCCCCAACGUCAACAAUCCCGGCAACAGAGGCGGGCCGAGAGGGCCGGGUGCCCCGCGGACUGGAGGGCCUGCCAAGCCCGUCAGCAUCGACGUGCCGGCGAUACCGCUCGAUGAGCUGAACAAGAUGACCAACAACUUCAGCGACAAGGCUCUCAUCGGAGAGGGAUCCUACGGCCGCGUCUACAACGGCACCCUAAGCGACGGCCGCCCGGCCGUGAUCAAGAAGCUCGAUCCGAGCGCAUCGCAGGAGUCUGAUUCAGAGUUCUCUGCUCAGCUAGCAAUGGUCUCCAAGCUUAAGAACGAGUACUUCGUAGAACUCAUGGGCUACUGCAUGGAGGAGGGCAACCGCAUGCUGGCCUAUCAGUUCGCAACGAUGGGUUCUUUGCAUAACAUCUUGCACGGCAAGAAAGGAGUGCAGGGCGCUGAACCUGGGCCAGUGCUGAACUGGGCUCAGCGCGUGAAGAUAGCUUACGGAGCGGCGAGGGGGCUAGAGUACCUUCAUGAGAAAGUCCAACCAUCGAUUGUUCAUCGAGAUAUUCGGUCCAGCAACGUGCUGAUUUUCGACGAGUUCAGCUCGAAGAUUGCGGAUUUCAACCUGACAAACCAGGGUACCGACACCGCUGCUCGGUUACACUCGACUCGUGUGCUAGGAACUUUUGGAUACCACGCCCCAGAAUAUGCAAUGACAGGGCAAAUCAACCAAAAGAGUGAUGUCUACAGCUUUGGCGUUAUCCUACUAGAGCUACUGACCGGGAGGAAACCAGUCGAUCACACGAUGCCGAAAGGGCAACAAAGUCUUGUUACUUGGGCCACUCCAAGGUUGAGCGAAGAUAAAGUCAAGCAAUGUGUUGAUCCAAAGCUCAACAGUGACUACCCUCCCAAAGCCGUUGCCAAGCUAGCAGCAGUGGCGGCGCUAUGCGUUCAGUACGAAGCCGACUUCCGACCGAACAUGACGAUCGUCGUGAAGGCGAUACAGCCUCUUCUCAACCAAAAACCGGCUGGGCCAGCUGCCGAGGCGCCCAAACCCUGA